GAAAAUGUUUUGCGAUAUCUGGUAAAAUUCAAAUUUGAGACAUGGUAGACUCCAUGAGGAGACUCGUUGUACCGAGAGGAGAGGGGACCUCAGCCGGAGCUGCAGCGAAUGGCGACCAUGCAGCAUACGCGGGAUAUUCAAACCUUUCAGAGGAAUGAAAGGACGAGGGCGACCGUAUCGGCCUGUUCUGCGCUCGGCAUGGAGAUCAAAAGAAAGAAAAUCCGACAGAGCACUGUAUUUCUGCAUAACGAGGACAGCAAUAUCCAGGAGAAGAUAGACUUUGAAAUCCGCAUGCGAGAGGGUGCAUACAAGCUUCUGGUGGCCAGCACUAAGAGAGAGCAGAUCCUCAACGCUUCUAAAAGCCUCCUGACCUGUAACACUCGCAUCAAGGUGUACAUGAGCGAGCUGCAGAAGAGGAAGGAGGGUCAGGAUGCCAGAGGGGCUUCAGGGAGGAGGUCAUCAGAUGAUGGCUGUAGGGAGCGUGUGGCCUGUAAGGGAAAAGUUGCUUUAUCAGGCCUUCGCAUUCCAUUAAUGUGGAAAGAUUCUGACCACUUCAACAACAAAGGAAGCUCUCGAAGAGUUGCAGUGUUUUGCCUGAUGAAAAUUGGAGCAGAGGUUUUUGACACAGAGAUGGUGGUUGUGGAUAGAUCUGCAACAGACAUUUGUUUUGAGGGCUCAACAAUAUUUACUGAGGCCGGCCCUGGGUUUGAGCUGACACUGGAGCUUUACAGCUGUGCUGUGGAGGAGGAGACGUCCUUGGCCAACACUCCAAAGAAGCUGGCAAAGAGGCUGCGGACCUCGCUGGGCAAGGCUUCCGGGAAAAAACUCUGCCCCCUGCUGGAAGCUGGCGACCCUGAGGCUUUCAUGCUGUCAAACCCAGUACCCCCGGCAUCGAAGUUCAGCCUGCUGGCGUACACAGCACUGGGCCUGCCUCAGGCUGAGGGGAGCUUUCUGUCCCAUUCGCUGUCAGUCAUACAGAACGCGGAGAGCUCCUCUUGGCUGCCCCUGUAUGGGAACCUCUGCUGUCGCUUGGUGGCUCAGCCAGACUGCAUGACUCAGGAUGUGAUGAGUGGCUUCCUGAACCAGCAGCAGAGUGUUGGGGGCGUGCCGAGGAGCUGCACGUUCUACUGUGUGCUCAGGGCUGGCACCCUCUCCUGCUACUUCUCUCCAGAGGAGAUCCACGCCAAGAUGGAGGCUGCUGUGGUCAUUCCCAUAAACAAGGAAACACGGAUACGAGUGGUGGAGAAAGACCCCAGGAAGGGGUCAAACAGCGUAACGAUCAUCAACCCUGUGGAGGGAGGGGCGGGGGCGACGCAUGUGUUCACAGCGGAGAGCAGAGAGCAGCUGGAGGACUGGAUGGAGGCCUUUUGGCAGCACUUCUAUGACCAGCUGCAGUGGCAGCAGUGCUGCAGUGAGCUGAUGAAGCUUGAAGUGACGUCCCCAAAGAAACCCCCCCUGUUCCAAACCCGACACGCCGACUCUGUCUACAAUGAUCUCAGUAUUGGCUCCCCUGGGAAGUUUGAGAGUCUCACCGACAUCAUCCACAGUAAGAUUGAGGAAACGGAUGGCCGUUUCCUCAUUGGUCAGGAGGAAGAGACCAAGGCUCCUGAUUGGGCUGUUCUGUUUGAGGGGUCUCACUCUCUGGUGGUGCAGAAGAGUGUGCUGUUGCCUGACCUAAGCAACAACCAGCCCGGUCCCAGCAGCAGUGCAACCAAAAAGCGCCGUGCCCCACCCCCUCCCCCUGACAGACAGCCAUAUACCCCGCCCCCUCCCCCUGACAGAGAGCCACAUGCCCCGCCCCAUCUUCCUGACAGACAGCUGUAUGCCCCGCCCCCUCUGCCUGACAGACAGCUGUAUGCCCCGCCCAGCAGCGCCCUGCAGCAGGGCACUGAGGGCAGGAGGAGGCCAGGGAGGGGCACAGGCCGGCCCUCUCUAGAUGCCAAAUUCUCUGCCAUCAUCCAGCAGCUGCAGAGGAACUCCGGCCUGAGCCGAAACCCUGCCCCCCUCAGCCAGCGGGACGCUGAGAACCAGCCACCAGAGCGGCCCCCUCAGCCAGCCCCGCGCCAGAAGCCCCGGUCCUUUAGGGAGAAGAUGAAGCCCAAAGUGUGGUGACUGCCCAGCCCCGUUCCGAGGUGCACUAAUCAACCUGAACAGACUGCAGUGACCACUGAACGCCGCUUAUUCAUAUACUUUUCCUGCCACUCUGAGCCUGUCAGUUUACAAACUAAUUAACUAACUCUAAUAUGUGUCGCUCAAUUAAUCCAUGUGGUUUCAAGAAAAUUGUGUAUUUUAAAGAAAUAUCCAAUGACAUGCGCAGGUGUGGUUUUGCAUUAUACACUUUGUAGACACGAUGGUAACCUAAA